ACAAGAGAAGUGAAGUGGAAGUGGAUUAGUGGAAGGAAAUCGAAAUGUAAUGAUUUUUAAGCCUUGACAUGAUUAUAUAGUUGCUUCUCCUUUUUUAGUAUUAACCUUGCUUAAUUGGAAGAGAUUCUUUGAAUCGUAUUAAUAUUUUUAUAAAACUAGUUCUCUUCAACAACAAACUUCGUUCACCACGGCAACCCUCACAAUUAGAAAAUCGUUAAGAACUUUAGUGUUUGUGCAUUGCAUUUCGAAGUUAUCGUAUGUUAAUGGAAAACUGGUUUUGCAGAUAACACAUGCAGCAAUUCCAUGUUGGAAAAGUGUUCUACAAGAUAUACUCGUGCCUGGACUUCCUAUUUACAGAACAGAUUCUGGCCUAACUGUGCCGUUAUUACUAGUCCAACACAGAAAGGCAUUAGCCUAACACGGAAAGGCAAUGGCAGCAAACACAAAGAGACUUUGGAAAGUCCAGGAAUUCAAAGCUCACAGUGCCAACGUGAAUUGUCUCGCCUUAGGGCAGAAGUCCGGACGAGUUCUUGUAACAGGAGGAGAUGACAAAAAAGUCAAUCUUUGGGCCAUUGGCAAAAAUAAUUGCAUCAUGAGCCUGAACGGACACAUAACAUCAGUGGAAACGGUGAGGUUCAACCACACGGAGGAGUUAGUAGCGGCCGGUUCUGCAGGGGGAGUGCUCAAAAUCUGGGACCUGGAGGCUACCAAGAUCAUGCGAACUCUCACUGGCCACCGUUCAGGACUACGGGCCGUUGACUUCCAUCCGUAUGGUGAUUUCCUCACCUCCGCUUCCCUCGACAGCAGUGUCAAGGUAUGGGAUGUCCGACGGAAGGGCUGUAUCUUCACGUACAAAGGGCACUCACAGAGUGUGAACAGUGUCAAGUUCAGCCCUGAUGGACUUUGGGUGGCUUCUGGAGGCGAGGAAGGUAUGGUUAAGCUGUGGGACAUCCGAGCAGGCAGGCAGCUUCAUGAGUUCUCCCAGCACUCAGGUCCAGUAACGUCAGUCGAGUUCCACCCACAUGAGUUCUUGCUGACAUCGGCCAGCUGUGACAAAACUGUCAACUUCUACGAUCUGGAGAACUUCUCCCUGGUAUCCACCAGCGAUAAGGAGACCAUGGCCAUCAGAUCCAUGUGUUUCAACAACAAUGGAGACUGUCUAUAUGGUGGUGGGCUAGAUGUGCUCAAGGUGAUCGGAUGGGAACCUGCCCGUACCUUAGAGAUUGUACCCAUCAACUGGGGACGUGUACAAGAUAUCUCAACAGGGUACGGUCCCAACAGACUGGUGGGAGCAUCAUUCCAGCUGACCACUGUAUCACUGUGGAUGGUAGACCUUAUGAGAGUUGCCCCUCUCGGUGGUUCCACACCUCCCUCACCCUUUAGCCACGGCCAGAGUGUGCGCAAGAGCUUCACCAAGAAACCCGCCCCAGAAAAGAGCACAAUUAAUGUGAAAACAAUAGAAGAAGUAGAUAAACUAGAAACAGAUCCUGAGGAAGAGAACCAUGCAGAGAUUCCAGACAUGAAUGACUACAGGUCUGUCUUCCAGCCGAGGACGUCUCUGAACCGAAGUCCACCUCCCAGCUUUGCACCACCUCCUGUUAGCGAUGAAGACCUAUCGCUGCCACCAAUGCCCAGUGCUCCUCCUCCUUCUCUGCUGGAGCCACGGACCCCCUCUCCCCCCAAAUCCCGAUCACCUCCUCCCCUUUCUUCACCCCGCCGCCGUGUUCCCAGUCCCUCCCUCGCCCCACCGCGUCCCCGCCAGUUACUACGGCGUCUCAGUUCGUGCAAGGACCCUGAGCUCAGUACAUCACCUGACUCCGAUUUUCCCACCAAGCUGAACGAGGGUCUACCGCACAGCCCCAGUGAGCCGUCUCUAGUGACAAUCCGCUCCCCUGGCCACAGUCGCACAUCUUCUGUUGGCCGCAACUUCCAUACCCAGAGAUCCUCCACCUCCACCUCUACCUCUACCUCGGGCAAUACCAACAAGACUGAUAUCAUUAAUUCGCAAAACCGAGUGAACAACAAUAUGGUCGUCACUCAGUCAAGUGCAAGGCAGGUGCAAGUCUGUGAGGAAGAUAAGGACUUGGACUUCAUCCCCAUGUCUUUGGACAAACCAAGUGGACUCAACAUGGAGGAAUUCUUACCGCAAAGGCUGCAGCAAACAUUCCCAGAGAUGUCGGAAGCGGAGGUCCUGUCGUCUAUCAUGCGCGGACACGAAUACAUAGUUAACAUCCUCAAGAUGCGAGAGCGGCAGCUACAGAUUGUCUACUCCAUGUGGCACAAUAAGGAUCUCAAGACAGCCGUAGACCACGCUCUCACUCUAAGGGAUCAAUCAGUGAUAGUGGAUCUGCUUGGAGUUAUCACCUUGAGGCCGGGUAUCUGGAACCUGGACUUGUGCGUUUCACUACUGCCAGCCAUUGCUGAGCUGCUUCAAAGCAAGUUUGAAAUGUAAGUAUUGGAUGUUUUUGAACUUAAUGUUUUAGUUGCGUGUUAAUUAUUUU